AUGGGGUUCACUCGAUUCUUGCAAUCCUUGAAGACAGCCAGUCCGGGCAAAGAUGCUGCCUUUCAGGUCACACUCCGAGAGGUUGAAAAGCCGUCGUCGGCAUCCUCGUCGUCCUCUUCGACUGUAUCCACGCAUCAGCGUGCACUGAUCCUCUACGCGCCCAGACAGCCAUACGAAGAGAUACCCGACCACCCUACCCCGUCGCUUCUGAAUAACCGAGAAUUGCUUGUCCGGAACAAGGUCAUCGGUCUCAACCCGAUAGAUUGGAAAGCACCGGACUUCAACUUCGGCAUCCCCGAACUACCUUACGUCUCUGGCCGCGAGCUCGUGGGCCAGGUGGCCGUCGGUCCGAGACACAAAUCGCGCUUCCGGCCCGGCGACUGGGUCAUCGUCAUCUCCACCGACUACAGAGACCUGCGCAAGGCCGCGUACCAGCAGUGCGUCGUCGCCACCGACUUCAAUGUCUGCCGCUUACCACCCAACGUGUCCCCGGAAUCAGGGUCCGCGCUGGGCGUGGCCUUUGUGGCGGCAGCUCUCUGUCUCGGGAUCUGUGCAGGCCUCGAUUUCACCAAGCUGGCAGAUGGUCCGGACCUGCUCUCGAUAGUCCGACGGUUGGACCCCCAGCGCCUACCCCAGGACGUCAGGCCGGAAUGUCUGGAGGGGAUCAACCUGCGUGAACGGGCCAAGCCCGGCGACUGGGUGGCGAUCUGGGGGGGUUCUUCGACCAGCGCCUUGAUGCUGAAUCAGAUCGCCAGACUGCUGGGAUUACGGACCAUCAGUGUCCUCGACCACAGCAAGCACGCGUUGAAUUUGACGUCCAACCCGCACAUCAGGCCCGAUGUCAUUGUCGACAAUCACAAUCCUGGACGAGCCAUCGAGAUUGUAAGGUCAGUCACGAACAAUCGUCUUAGAUUCGCGGUCGACACGGUGGGGAGGGAGACUGCGACGCACUUGAUGCAAUGUCUAGCGCAAGGGUCGUCGUCACUUGCAGACUCGAUAUCGAGUUCGAAUGGCGCACCUCCACCCUCAACCCUGGGCACAGACGCCGGACUUCCAGCUUCGAUUCCGAGUACGGACGCCACGCUUCCACGUGCCCACCUCGUGGGCCUGACCGGGCUUCCCAAAACAAAAUCCUCCCCUGAUAUCACGUUCCAUACCAUGCCGAUCAAAGUGUUCCAUGAGAUUCCGGAGGUAGGCGAGGCGCUGAUGCUGUGGCUCGAGCGACUACUGGGCCAAGGACUCCUGGUGCCUCCCCCGAUCCUGGGCGUCCGGGAAGGAUUUGGAGCCAUCAACGGGGCCUUGGAUUCCAUGAGAAGAGGCGAGAUCAGCGGCGGGAGACUCGUGGUCAAAGUUGAGUAA